GCCCCCGUGGUAACCACCGUUCAACCGCCCCGCUGUAGGGUUCCAAUGGCCCCUGUUCCCUCUAGCACGGGGGAAGGUGGCUUCAGAGAUUUACACCCUGGCUACAAAACCUCUUACCCGACUCCAAGCGCCGACCUUCUGCGGAGACCCAGCUACUGCCACGCUGCUUUUGCGCUCAAGCAGAUUGCCAAGGGCAAGGCGGUCGGCCAGAAGGCUCCUCUUUGGCUGCGCGCUCAGUUCCAGGCGCUGCUUUUCACCUUGGGAUGCUCCAUUCAGAGGCACUGCGGGAAGGUACUGUUCGUGGGACUUUUGGUUUUCGGCGCUCUGGCCGUGGGCCUGCGGGUGGCCUCCAUCGAGACCGACAUCGAGCGGCUGUGGGUGGAAGCCGGCAGCCGAGUCAGCCAUGAACUCCGGUACACCAAGGACAAGCUGGGCGAGGAAUCCAUCUACACGUCACAAAUGCUGAUCCAGACCCCGAAGAAGGAGGGGGAGAACAUACUGACUCAGGAAUCCAUGCUCAUCCACCUGAACGCGGCUCUGGCGGCCAGCAAAGUGCAGGUCUCCAUGUAUGGAAAGUCGUGGGAUCUGAACAAGAUCUGCUACAAGUCCGGCGUGCCGAUUAUCGAAAACGGGAUGAUCGAGAGGAUGAUCGAAAAACUGUUCCCUUGUGUGGUCAUCACCCCCCUGGACUGCUUCUGGGAAGGGUCGCAGCUACAAGGAGGCUCCGCCUACUUACCGGGAAGGCGGGACAUCCAGUGGACAAACUUGGACCCAAUCCAGCUGAUGAAGGAACUCGGACAGUUCACCAGUCUGGACGGCUUCAAGGAGAUGCUGGACAAGGCGGAAGUGGGGCAGGCGUACAUGGACCGGCCGUGCCUCGACCCUACCGACUCCGAGUGCCCGGACAGCGCCCCCAACAAGAAGUCACAAAAGAUCCCAGAUAUCGUCGCCACCCUCCGGAACGGCUGCCAUGGCUUCUCCAAGAAGUUUAUGUACUGGCAGAAGGAUCUCAUCCUGGGCGGGAUGUCGAAAGCAACAGGCGGAGCGCUGAAGAGCGCUGAAGCUCUGCAGACCAUGUACCUCCUGAUGAGCCCCGGCCAGCUGUACGAGCACUUCAAAGACGACUACGAGAUCCACGACAUCAACUGGAAUGAGGAGAAGGCAGCCGCCAUCUUGGAGGCGUGGCAAAGGAAGUUUGUCGAGCAAGCCCAGCAGUCCAUCGGGCAGAACGCCUCGCAGGACAUUCACGCCUUUUCCACCACCACACUGAACGACAUCAUGAAGUCCUUCUCUGACGUCAGCGUCAUCCGCGUGGCCGGCGGUUACCUGCUGAUGCUGGCGUAUGCUUGUGUCACCAUGCUGCGCUGGGACUGUUCCAAGUCUCAAGGGGCGGUGGGUUUGGCCGGCGUCCUCCUCGUAGCCCUGUCCGUGGCCUCAGGUCUGGGGCUCUGCUCCCUACUCGGCAUCUCCUUCAAUGCCGCCACUACCCAGGUCCUGCCCUUUCUGGCGUUGGGAAUCGGCGUGGAUGACAUGUUCCUCUUGGCGCACGCCUUCACCGAAACCAGCCGGACGGGCGAAUGCCUCAGGCGCACCGGCACCAGUGUGGCUCUGACUUCCAUCAAUAACAUGAUCGCCUUUUUCAUGGCGGCUCUGGUGCCGAUCCCAUUCGUGUCUUCAUUUUGUCCCUUCCAGGCUGCUGUAGUGGUUGUAUUCAAUUUUGCGAUGGUACUGUUAAUAUUCCCGGCCAUCUUGAGCUUGGACCUGCAGCGGCGGGAGGACCAGAGGCUGGAUAUCCUCUGCUGCUUCUACAGUCCCUGCUCUUCCCGAGUCAUCCAGAUUCAGCCUCAGGAAAUUCCCGAUGCCAAUGAUAAUCACACUUACCACCCGUCCUCGUACGGCAACCCCACAAUCACCACCAGUACACAGAUCACCACCACCGUGCAGGCAUUCACCCAGUGUGACCCCUCUGGACACCAUAUUGUCACCAUUCUGCCGCCCACCUCCCAGAUCUCCACCUCACCAUCGGUCAUCGUGCCCACGAUGGAUCCUCUUGGCUCCCAGGUCUUCAACUCCUCCAGCUCCACCCGGGAUCUGCUGGCCCAGCUAGAUGACAAAAAAGCAAGCCGAGAGUGCGUCCCGCUGCCCUUCCUGAAAUGGAGUCUGUCUGAGUUUGCCCGGGAGAAGUACGCCCCGCUGCUGCUCAAAGCCGAAACCAAGGGAAUCGUGGUGGCCUUGUUCAUGGCGUUGUUAGGCCUCGGCCUCUAUGGAACCACCAUGGUCCACGAUGGUCUUUACCUGACUGACAUUGUCCCCCGCGAGACCAAGGAAUACAACUUCAUCUCCGCCCAGUUCAAAUAUUUCUCCUUCUACAACAUGUUCAUCAUUACCAAAGGCGGCUUUGACUACCCGAAAGCCCAGGCGUCACUCUACGAACUUCACGACUCCUUCGGCUCCGUCAAAUAUGUUGUGCGAGAAGAGGGGAGGGAGCUGCCCAAAAUGUGGCUCCAUUACUUCCAGGACUGGCUGAGAGGUCUCCAGGCCGCGUUUGACAAAGACUGGGAAUCUGGCCGCAUCACGCCGGACAACUACCGCAACGGCACCGAAGACGGAGUCCUGGCCUACAAGCUUCUCAUCCAGACCGGGAAUAAGAAAGACGCCUUCAAUCUUAACCAGUUGAGCAGUCGGCGUUUGGUGGAUGAGAACGGACUAAUCCCUCAGGAUGCCUUCUACAUCUACCUGACAGUUUGGGUCAGCAACGAUCCUCUGGGCUAUGCUGCCUCCCAGGCAAAUUUCUACCCCCAGCCGCCUGAGUGGAUCCACGACCGCUACGACACGACCGGGGAGAACCUGAGAAUCCCAGCCGCAGAACCCAUCGAGUUCGCACAAUUUCCAUUCUACUUGAACGGCUUGCGCCAGACGUCGGACUUUAUCGAGGCGAUCGAGAGCGUGCGAUCGGUGUGCGACGAGUUCGCGAAACAAGAAGUGUACAGCUACCCCAGCGGGUACCCCUUCCUCUUCUGGGAGCAGUACAUCGGGCUCCGGCACUGGUUCCUGCUGGCCAUAAGCAUCGUGCUGGCGUGUAGCUUCCUGGUGUGUGCCAUCCUCCUGCUCAAUCCGUGGACUGCUGGCAUCAUCGUCUUUAUCUUGGCUAUGAUGACGGUGGAGCUGUUCGGAAUUAUGGGCCUCAUCGGCAUUAAGCUGAGCGCCAUUCCAGUGGUCAUUCUGAUUGCUUCCGUGGGCAUCGGCGUUGAGUUCACCGUCCAUGUGGCUCUGGGUUUCCUCACCGCCAUUGGCGACCGGAACCAGCGCUCGAUCCUCGCUCUGGAACACAUGUUCGCUCCGGUUUUGGACGGCGCCAUUUCCACCCUCCUCGGAGUCCUGAUGCUCGCUGGAUCUGAAUUCGAUUUCAUUUUAAGGUAUUUCUUCGCUGUGCUCACCAUCCUCACCAUCCUGGGACUGCUGAACGGGCUGGUUCUGUUGCCGGUGCUGCUCUCUCUGAUUGGACCCCCUGCAGAGGUGACUCCUGCGGACAACAGCGACCGCCUGCCGACCCCGAGCCCGGAGCCGCCCCACCUGAGCCACCACACGUUCUAUGUGUGCCGCAAGCCUGGGGGGAAAGAGGGGCUCAGCGACCCGGAGGACUCGUCCGACUAUUACUCCGAGACCACCGCCACCUCCGGGAUCGAGGAAGACGAUCCGCAACUGUACGAGCGCAGCGCUUAUAUCAUUCCCCCCAAACCGUCACACAUCCUGCUGGAGGCUAGCAAGAACCCCUCCUACCCCAAAAUCAUGCUGGUGAAGCCUUGCAAGGGAAGCCAGGGCGAUUGCCCUAAAGACGCUCGGGACGACGGCCCUACCGACCCGCUUCCGGCAUCGGAAUUAACCAGGACCUCCGGGCCGGACCCAAAAGACUUUCAGGAGGCAAGAGACUGGAGAAAGAGGCAACAGGCGCCUCCCGCCUCACAGGGGCCCCAUGCAUGGACUAAGCAGGCCCCCGGUUCUAGGACUCAGCACAGGCCCCAAGGCCACAGGACUGUCCCCCCGCCCUAUUGCGCCAAAGUGACCGGGCCAAGCGGCUCCAUCACCACGGUGACCGCCACCGCCUCGGUGACGGUGGCCGUGCAUCCCACAUUGCCGGGGGCUAUGCAGAGUUACAGCCACAGCGGCUACGAGGACAGCGAGACGGACUGCACAGAGCGCAAGCCCAAGUGGGGGCGGAGCAAACACAGCCAGGGGGAAGCGUUCGAGCUGGAGAACCUGGAGCAAGGCCGGAGACAAGAUGGCUCCUCCGCUGUGCACUAGGUGAGAAUCGGAGUCCUCGCCGCGACAAGCUGCCUCCCUGUAUAUAAUCUUGUACAGAGAAGAUGGAAGGACGCUGAUGAUUAUAAAUAUUAUAAUAAUAUUAUUAAUACGAGAGAAGUAUUAGAGACGACAUUCUUUAUAUUUUAAUAUGGAAAUCAACAGAAAAUUCUAUUUAAUAAGCUGACGAAGAUAAUGUACUGUAGGGGGAGGGGCGCUGGAGGCCGAAAUGUGAGCGGCGACU